AUGUGACUAAAGUUCAAUGUUCUAUUGUCAACAGAGCAAGUCUAUGGCAGAGAGCUUUUCAGGUCGUUGUCACUACAGUAGGAGAUAGCAACAGACACGUGAGCUCGCAGGUUGGCCUGCCAUCCCUACUGAAAAGCAGUCGGUCUAAGAUUAGAAGACUGAGAAGUCCCCUGCAGUUCAGGUCGAGGACAAGGACGAGGAUGAGGACCAUACUCACACUGGCUGCAGUUGCCGCCUGUGUCCUGACAGGUGCUCAAGAUGCUGGCGGCUCACCAAGUAUUUCAAGGCAGUACUCAUUUAGUGCUUACCAAUCAAUGGGAGGUAACUCGAAACAACAAACCAGGGGAGAUAACUCUACAUUCAACAUUGUGUGUUACUUUGAUAUGAAUCAGGAACCAUUCACAACUCCACUUCCUCCAGCAAUGAAUGUGUCUCUCUGUUCACACAUCAUCUUUAUGAUAACAACCAUCGAAAAUGCACAAAUGACACCUCGGAAUGUAUCGGAUGCAGAGACCUACUACUCAAAAAUUGCGACCAUGAAGAAACUCAAACCAUCCUUGAAAGUGUUGCUUUGCAAUGGAGGCAACUUCAGCCAGGUUUUGAAUACUGAAGAAAAUAGGACAAGGUUUGCCAGGAGCACGGUUCCUUGGAUGAGGAAGUAUGGAUUCGAUGGACUGGACAUGGACUGGGAAUUUCCCACAUUCGGCCACCCUCCUGCACGGAGACGUAAUCUCACCCUGGUAGUGAAGACUAUAAGAGAGAUGUUUGACGCGGACGAGACGCAGAAUGGCGGCAGUCAUCUCUUGCUGACCAUGGCUGUCAGUGCUGGGGAGGGAAUGAUCAGCACCUGUUACGAGGUGGCCGAACUAGCCAAGUACGUGGACUUUGUGAACGUGAUGACCUAUGACAUGCAUCUGUACCUGGAGGUAUUCCCGUUUACUGGCCUCAACAGCCCCCUCUACCCCGGGGACGAUGUGCUGGACAAGACCAUCUUCAAAAACAGAUACUUUGUUUGGUCGCCCAAUGAAUGGGUGCGGCAGGGGAUGAAGAAGAGUCAGGUGAUGACAGGAAUUCCCACGUACGCUCACUCAUACACGCUGCUCGAUGAAAAGUCACAUGGAAUCUACUCUUUGGCUAAAGGGGUCGGACGUAUGGGGGACUUCCCUGGCUAUGAUACCACAUGUAAGCUGGCUAAGAACAACAGUACAACGGUAGUGUGGGAUGACAAGAGUAAGGUCCCCUACCUGUACCAGGGAGACUUGUGGAUCUCCUACGACAACGUUCGCAGCGUCACACUCAAGGCCCAGUACCUGCUGCAGCAGGGGUUUGGAGGAGCCAUGGUCUUCAUGCUCAACGCCGACGACUACAAGGGAUCGUGUGAUGGGAAAACAAAAUGGCCGCUGUUUAAAGCGAUCAAUGCUGCAGUGGCAGAUUAUAAGACUUCUAAAAAUGUAGAGGUUGAAUAUGAUGUUAGAGAAUAUGUUGAGAUUGAUGUUAAUGUUUAAUUUACCUUAUUUGUAGUCGAUCAGAACAUGUUUUGUAAAUUUGAUUUGUAAGCUGAGAAAUUAAUCCAAAUGUGCAGCAUGUAUUGCUGUACCCAGUACAUCAAAAGGGAAAACUCUCUCCUGCUGACUACCAAGAGGCAAUCUCUGAAAGAACGGCCUACCUGUUAUUGGAUUUGUAUGAGUGAGUGAGUGUGUUAGGUUCAACACUGGUUAGAACAGUAUUUCAGUUAUGUUAGGGUUUAUACAGUAUUUUGUUAAUAACAGUUUUUUGUAAGAAGAGUGAGUGAGUGAGUUGGGUGUAACACCGCUUUGAACAGUAUUCCAGUUAUAUCACAGUGUGUCAGCUUGAUGUGGGAGGAAAGCCCGAAGUGAUGCGGGUCUCAGAUGUUUACCACUUUGGUGAAAACCACGAGCACGGGUAUGAUGCUGACAAACCUGGAAACAUAAUCGGGUAGCAUCGGGAUUCGAACAGACAAUCAUAGGUUCCUGGCAUGCCCAAGGUACGCAAUCCAGUACAGUGAGGUGUUGUAGAUGACUUGCCCACCGGUGCCCCCAGUAAAGGAAAAGUACGUUACUGGAAUAUUGACUGGUACUUCCAUAGCGUUUGUUGGAAAAUUUCCCCUUCAUACAUUGAUACACAUUCCAAAAUGUUUAUUGUUUCAUCUACGGUCAUGAUUAUAUAUUUUUACUUAUCAGUUGCUCUUUUCUUUAUCACAUUCAAACAGGACAAUUUCAGUGAAUCAAAUAUUCCAUGACAAUAGUUUAUGCUCCCAAAAUACAAAAAGGGAAAGGACCUGAUACACCUAUUGUAUGCCGCAUUUAUGUAUGAACAAAUACAGUACAAAUAUUGUGUUAUCUACCUCCAAAAGUGUGUACAAAUAUUGUGUUAUCUACCACCAACAGUGGGUACAAAUAUUGUGUUAUCUACCUCCAACAAUGGUACAAAUAUUGUGUUAUCUACCACCAACAAUGGGCACAAAUAUUGUGUGUGUUAUCUACCAACAGUGGGUACAAAUAUUGUGUUAUCUACCUCCAAAAGUGGGUACAAAUAUUGUGUUAUCCACCACCAACAGUGGGCACAAAUAUUUUGUGUGUUAUCUACCACCAGUGGGUACAAAUAUUGUGUUAUCUACCACCAGUGGGUACAAUUAUUGUGUUAUUUACCACCAACAGUGGGUACAAAUAUUGUGUUAUCUUCCACCAACAGUGGGUACAAAUAUUGUGUUAUCUACCACCAGUGGGUACAAAUAUUGUGUUAUCUACCACCAGUGGGUACAAUUAUUGUGUUAUUUACCACCAACAGUGGGUACAAAUAUUGUGUUAUCUACCACCAACAGUGUUAUCAGCAUGAUCAGGGACAGACUUUACAAAUACUGAGUUAAUGAACCACUAACACACAUAUGAAACAAUUGUGUCAGUCUUGAUUAGGAUGCAAAUCCUCUACCAUAGGCCACAACAUCGUAUAACCAUAUACUCGCACAGCUAUUUGUGCUACUUUCACAUGAACACUAUAUUUUUUCACUCUAUCUUUUUAAAUAAAAAAUACCCUUAA